GUGGCGAGGGCGGGCCUAGUGACGUAGAGCUGAGGCUCUGGCUGUUUAUUGUUCCUUCUUCAGCGCCGCCACAGAAAAAGGAGACUAACACGCCGACAACCAGCUUUGGCACGCAGUUAAACAAGGUGUGAUUGUCUGGACAACUGAGUGCUCAAAUCGAGGGCCAUGGCAUACGCUUACCUCUUCAAAUACAUCAUCAUCGGAGACACAGGCGUCGGAAAGUCAUGUCUAUUACUACAGUUCACAGACAAGAGGUUUCAGCCUGUUCACGACCUCACCAUUGGGGUAGAGUUUGGAGCGAGGAUGAUCACUAUAGAUGGCAAACAGAUCAAACUGCAGAUCUGGGAUACGGCCGGCCAAGAGUCAUUCCGGUCCAUCACCAGGUCUUACUACAGAGGAGCAGCAGGAGCACUGCUCGUUUACGACAUCACAAGGAGGGACACCUUCAACCACUUGACGACCUGGUUAGAGGAUGCGCGCCAACAUUCCAACUCCAACAUGGUCAUUAUGCUCAUUGGCAACAAGAGUGACCUGGAGUCACGGAGAGAGGUGAAGAAAGAGGAAGGGGAAGCGUUUGCCAGAGAACACGGCCUCAUAUUUAUGGAGACCUCAGCCAAGACCGCCUCAAACGUCGAGGAGGCUUUCAUCAACACAGCCAAGGAGAUAUAUGAGAAGAUCCAAGAGGGUGUUUUUGAUAUCAACAAUGAGGCUAACGGUAUUAAGAUUGGACCUCAGCACCCUACCACCAACUCCACACUGCCCGGUAGCCAGGGAGGCCAACAGGCUGGAGGUGGCUGCUGCUGAAGGCCCCAAAACAGACCUCUUUGUCCUCCUCCUUCUACCCAUGAGCCCUCUCCAACCUCCCUUCCCCCCCAUCCCAGUCCCACUUGCAUUUCUGCAGAACUGUGCAGGCUUAGUAACAGUUUGUUAACCUGUCUCUCUCCAUCUUGUCAUGCAUCUUUCCUUUUGUGUCCUCCUUGCUUUCAGACCAAUCUUCUUCUUCCUCCUCCCUUUUUUUUUUUUUUGCUCAAUCAUACCUGAGAAUGUCAUGGCAGCAUCCCAUGAGCUCAACCCUUUCAAUAACGGUGUCAGCUUAGGCUCACUAAAUUCUAAACUUCACAUUUUCCUUGGGAAGAUGAAUUGGUUUUAACGGUAUUUGUUUUAAAAUUGACACCAAGAGGAUGAUGACGAUACGCUGUAUUUGUGUUGGUGGUAGUGAAUUUGUUCAGCCAUAGACACACCUGUGGGGAGGGGGGGUGUAAAAAAAAAAAAAACAACUGACACUGACUGACUGUAUGGAAAAAUAAACCAUGUGUUGCCUAUACACUCAAAUCUCCACAUGUUUUUAAAGAAAACGCUGCAGCACUUAGGUAGCUAGGCGUGUUUGCACAUGUAGGCCCUGCGCGUAUACGAACGAUAUAGGCAUUCCAAUGAAGUCGGUCAUUGAAGUCACUUCCCUCUGCUGAUAAAACCGUUGUUUUCCUCCCUUUUGUCUUCAUGUCAACUUGCAGGUGAAAUGUAUUUAAUGAACACUAAACAAUUGUGUGGCUGUUUUAAAUUGUCCUGGGGAGAGAAUAAAAGACCAAACUGCCGAGCGUGGGAAUGAAUCCUUUUGGAAUGGUCGAAAAAUGAAGAAAAUGAAAAACGUCAAGGGGAUGUUGAGAGAAGUGGCUGACAUAAUGAAGUGUAGAAUCAAAACAACAACAAAAAAGGAAAUGAUUGGAGAUGUUUUAACUGUAUUUAUCAGGCGCUAUUCUGUGUGUGUGAAUAUAUGGCUCUUUAGAUUUCUGUAGCUUCUUUGGCGGUUCAAGAGUGAAACUUGGCACGUUGUGGCCUUCACUUGGGCUUUACACGUAUUUAUAAAAACACAAAACCCAAAACAAUUGUCAUUUCAGCCAAAAUGCUCACAAACCCUGUCGAAAAGGGUUGCUGGUGCCCUUUUCUUUUAAGUGACAAGUGUGAAUGAUAACAGGCACGGUUACGAGAUCAUGUGGAGAACGGACUCAAAUGUCAACGUAUCUCCCUUUGAAGCAAACUGACGCCCACCAUGAAAUAGUUGACAAACAUGUCAUGUGUUGUUUAGAGCUUCAUCGAUGAGUGCUGCGAUAUUUUGUUCGCCUUUGCAAUGUCCUGGCCAUCGUUUUACUGCUUUGAGCAUUGUUUACUUAUUCUUUUCAUAUUUCCCCCUUUACAUCCAACUGUGUGGUAACAUUAGUUGUGUGUGUGUGCGUGUGUUAAUUGCCAAAACAACUUGUGCGCCCGUGUUUCGUUCCGUAAAGUGGCGGGGCAGCAAUCACUCCAUUAUGCUAUGUCAGGAUCAGCUGUCUGCCUUAACUCCGCCCCCUUGAGAGAUUUAGACAGCAGCUAAAAUGAAUUAGCUGCAAAAUGAUGCAUUACAUUAGAUGCAGCUUGUGGGUAGUGUCGGGGCGUUUGAUUGGAAUCCUCAUCAAUUAACUUUCUUCCCACUGAUUCCCUGUGCGAACACACUCACACAUGCCCUUGCACACAAUAUAUAAAUGUACCAUGUUUUAACUCCUGUAUAGAUAUGGGGAUCACAGUUUUUUUCCAUUUUAGAUGUAUAUCAGAUGGAUAUUAAUCAAGCAUUAUUCUUUGUAAAGCAACAUGUGGCGUGUGUGUGUGUGAGCGCGUGUGUGUGCAGACCCACAGUGGUUAGAGGGGGAGGAUCAAGCCAAACCUGAUACAUCUAUUUAUCUACGGAUUGAUCUAUCUUACCUGUGUGUCCUCCUUCCCUUCAAUGCUGUCUUCAUCUUCUUGCUUCUCUUGCCCCCAAAAGUUGUUGUGUUUGUUCUUUGGAAGAAAAUUAAAUGGAAAAAAAGAAAAAAAAAGAAUGCAAUCACAAUAAACUAUAAUAAAACAUUUGAAACUUUAUCUGUUACUUUAAUGAUGUGAAGAUAGAAAAAUAUAGUGCUGAAUAUUUUAAAAAUGCGGGUAUUUUUACUGUAUCUGGUGUUUGCUUUUCAGCAUUGUUCAACAAUUAGGAAUGUGACUUGCGACCACUCCAAGGUGUACACUGCGUCUUUCUCAAAGUCAGCUGGGAUAGCCGCAGCAAUACUUAAACCAAAAAAUGGAGGACAGACUUGCAGUGCACAGCUAUGGCCAUUUUAUGUAUAGUGGUCAAGAAUUUAAUUUGAAGUUACUUUUCUAUGCGUUCUUGAUCUCUGUGUACAUUAUGGGGACGGCGUGAUUGGCUGUUUUUGUAACCUGAUGUUAUUUUCCCAUCAUGAUGAGGAAGACAAAGGUUGUCUACAUAUUUGACUCACCACUUAACAUGUCGCGCUAAACCAAUAGGGAUCAGCGAUUUCUGAAGGAAUUCAUGAUUUUUGCAAGUUACAUAUAUUGUCCGCUGUAAACACUUUAAAGUUCUCAUGCGGUCUUGUGCUUAGCUUGGGUGAGCAAUUCAUUUUGUUGAGAAUACUAAUUAUUUGUUUGUUACCAUGUAACAAUUAUUUGAUGACGAUCAAGUUAGGAAUGCGGCAGACACACCCUGGACUGGUCGCCAGUCAAUGUCAGGAAGCAUUGGCAACCAACCAUUCACACAUUCACAUUUAUGGACAUAUCAGAGACAUUGAUGAACCGAAUUUGCAUGUUUUUGAAUGUGGGAGGCAGUAUAGGCAACACGAAGAGAGCAUGCAAACGCCACACAGUAUCUCAGCGGAGAUUCUAACCCAGAAUCUUUUUAACUUCCACUUCAGUAUAUUGCUGACAUAUUAACUUUUUGGUAAUUGAUAAGUAUGGAUGGAUCAUAAAUCCUAAAGGAAAAAUUUACUUAAUUUUGUGAAAUGGCCUAUAUUCGGAAAACUAUCCGUCCAUUAAUUUUCUAUUACUGAUGAUCCUGUAGCCAGGGUCAUUGGGACCAGGUUGACUGGUUGUCAAUUAGUCAAAGUGUAGAUAUAGAGACGGACAACCAUUUACACAGUGGAAAGGGAGCAGACGCCUCAUUGUCAACAUGUUGGUCAGGGGAGUGAACCACUACUCCGUAGGUGACAUCCUGGAAAAAUAUUGUGGCAUGAAUGAGAGACAAAAGUAUGACCAGAGACGGGUUCAGUCAAAAGUUAUUGCAAACGAGUCGAUCUUAAAUUUCAGAAUUUGAUCGUGACAAUAAUCCCAAUUUCAUUUGAAGAGUGGAGGAACACUAUGUAAACCUCUAUAAAUGUCUUGGCGUUGUAUUUGUUUAGGCUUUCUGCGUUCAUUCAUAUUUUUCCGUUCAAAUAGUGGCGGACAUGGUUGUCGUCUUCAGGGUAAUUCACAUAAGACCACGUCCGCGCACUGAGCGAAUCUCACAGAUCGUCACACGGGCACGACGGGGUCAGUGACCGCGCACGCAGCCUGUUUAUCUGUAUGAGAGGUCCUCGGGAGCGCGCACCCCCGGCCGAGGAAGGUGAGCGAGUGUCUGGAGGGGAGGACUCGGGAACGCGACCGACCAGUCGAGGGAUCGAUCGGAUUAAACUCGAUUUGAGUGAAAUUAACACAAAGGACAGAAGCGCAACGCGCACUCGUCGGCGAGGUCGCAAAUGCGAGACCCACCGGAGAUACAUUUCACGAUAAACAUUCAAAUGCAACUUUUUUCCCAGUCUGUCUUUUGAAAACCAGAAAGGACCACGGUGAUUUUUCCCCUUUGCGGAAACGGAGAUACUAACGAGGAGUUCAUUUGAUUU